GUUAUUUCAGUAAUUCAAAUUGGCAAUAAAAUUAGGAGAAAUAUUUCCGCUUAUGAAAAUUACACGGUUGGCGUUUGUGUGUUGUGCGAAGUCAGAUCCUAACUUACAGCAACUGAAAAAGUGAGAAUCCAAGUCGAGAUGGCUGCUCCAAAUCACACAAUUUACAUCAACAACCUUAAUGAAAAGAUAAAGAAAGAUGAACUCAAGAAGUCGCUGUAUGCCAUAUUCUCCCAGUUUGGUCAGAUCUUGGACAUCGUAGCGCUGAAGACCCUCAAGAUGCGAGGUCAAGCCUUUGUAAUCUUCAAAGACAUCAUGUCGGCUACCAGCGCACUGCGGUCCAUGCAGGGCUUCCCUUUCUAUGAUAAACCCAUGAGGAUACAGUACUCAAAGACGAAGUCGGAUGCAAUCGCCAAGAUGCAGGGAACUUAUGUCCCAAGAGAAAAGAGGAUAGAAAAGAAGAAGGCUGAGGAGCCGGUGAAGGGCAGGAAGAACAGGCAGAAUAGACACGCAGACGUCAUCAUCCCCCCUCCCUCACAGAUCCCCAUGCCAGGAGCUCCCCCAGUCAACCAGCCCCCACCCCUGCUGGGUGACAUGUCCAUGCUGGGUCAACCGCCGAUACAAGCCCCACCUGCACCGGCACCAGUUGUUCCUGAUGAGCCUAAUAACAUCCUUUUCCUUACGAAUUUACCGGAAGAAACCAAUGAGCUCAUGUUGGAGGUUUUAUUCAAGCAAUUUAAUGGAUACAAGGAAGUCCGUCUCGUCCCAGGGAGACACGACAUCGCCUUCGUGGAAUUCGCUAACGAUCAACAAUCGGGAAAAGCAAAGGAUUCUCUCCAAGGAUUUAAAAUCACCCCAACAAACACUCUUAAAAUUGCAUUCGCCAAAAAAUAGUUCCUCUCGGUUUUCGUUCAUAGAAUGUCCUCAAAACGUUGUCCUCCCCUGUGGAGAGAUUAGAGACCAGUUAUGUCCGAGAUUCGAUGUUUGUUUAAUUUGUACUUUACAAUGUACUAAAAUAGUUCCUGACUGUAAACUAGAUCAGAAUUACUAUGACCCUUGACUGAAAAUUCCUCAAAUCUGACAGAAUGCUUGCCCAUGUUCAAAAUAGAUAGUGAUCUAGUGAGACCAAGGCCUGUAACACAAAGAUUAGCAAUUAAUCUCGGACAUGAAACAACAAUUCUCAUUGGUUACUGGGCGAUGGUCUGAACAUGGUGCACAUGGACCGAUGAUCGUGAUUGGCCUUUGCUUGUUCAGCCAUUGAUUUCUGUAUCCCAAAUGUUUCAUAUAUUGGACAUAUCCUGGUUAUCAUAAAACAUCAAUUCUGAUUGGUUACCAGUCGGUGGUUUGAACCAAGUGCACAUGCACCAAUGAUCUUCAUUGGCUCCUGAAAGCUUUGUAAAUUAGUCACUGGAUACCUAGUGUUUAUCAUGUUGGAUUUGGAGUGUUCACACUCGCACACUUUUCCGGUUUCAACCAGACCAGCAGCCAUAGGAUUUAGCUCCAAACAUUCUUCGUGGGAACAGUGAUAUUAAAAGGUCAAGUUGAAUGUUACUUUUUUAUAAACUAUGUUUGGAAUAACAAUUCAAUUACUUUAGCCCCGUUGAAUAAUUAAGUGAUACAAAAGUGAUGAAAUUUUCAUUCACAAAUAAAACUGCUAAGGUCCCGAGCCCUUUAUUUAUAUUCAUUGUCAAAGACACAAGGGGGUAAUUAAAUAUAUAACCAGAAAUAAAUUUCAUCUUUAAAAUAAAUGUAGUGUGAUAAUGUCCAAUGGAGAUGUAUGAUAUGUCAUAUCCAAGGAUACUUAAUGUGAUACAUCUAUACUUGGUGCAAAUGAAAUUCAUGAUUAUGACAUUGUUUUAGACCUUCAUUCGAAAUUGGGUCACAUGAUAUUCACAAGUCACCUGAUAUGUGUUGUCACAUGAUCUGUGACCUUGAUCAAGCUGACCUGCUUUUCCUUGCGUGUCCCAUGAUGCAUUGCACACUCCUGCUCAUGGCACGUAUCUCUCAACAGCUCCCCUAAAGCUGCUCUCUGAUUGGUCAUCCGUUAGGAUUGCAGCCACCAAUCACGGCUCAGUGUAGGUAUCACAUGGUUUGUAUAGAAUUCAACAUCAAAAUUGUCAGUGCAAGAACACCCUUAGCAAAAAAAAAUUGUGCAUCGGUGCAGAAAUGACGUUAUGCGUGCUGCUAAGAGCAUUUUUUUGCAAUGCGUCGGUGCAAGAAUGCCUUUGGCAAAACUUUUUUUGUGCAUGGGUGCAGAAACACCCUUACACAAUGGGCUGAUACAUGCUGCUAUUUGCAGUACAGAAAAGUGUGGUGUUACAGUGUAAGGAUGUUCUUGCACUGAAACAACAGAAUUAUGUUUAUCGGAAUAUACCAAAAUACAGUUUUUGUAACAUUUCCGCUGAAGAGUUAUUGGUGCGUGAAUAAUCAACUAUCCAGAGCUGCCAAGUUGUACUAAUUUUCAGUAUUUAGUACUGAAAAAUGAGAAGAAUACUGAUGGUUUCAUGCAAAAUACUGAUUUUUCAGUUUCAGUUUUAUUUGUUGUCCUAUGGUAUUUCUUUGAAAAUACUGAUUUCCUCUCCAAAAUACUGAUUUUCAGCUUCAAAAAUACUGAAAUGUUAUUGUUCAGGUUGGCAGCUCUGACUAUCUAUAUAAUGUAUGCCUUAUAUUCUAAAGCAAAUUUCCGAUAGUGAAGAAAAUGAAAUAAUAAAUAAUCGAUACAUUGUCUGAUGCCUUUGUUGCAAAAGAAUCUUAGUCGACGUCUCUGUUGUAUUAAAAGCCCACUAGAAAAAUCAACUAUCCAUGUAAUAUCUGAUGUUUGCAAAAAAGGUAUUUGAUUUAACAUCUUGGACCAAAAGCUACUGAUGCCAGCAUAAUAAAUUAUCUGUAUGCAUGAGACUGCAAAAGGUAAAAUGUCAUUCUUAGGUGUACUAUUUCUUUUUACUGAUACUUAAAGUCAUGUUUAAAAAAAAAGAUAUUCUGUUUCUUUUCAAUGCUAAAUAAUUAUUUCCUUUCAGGGAGAGGGGGGGGGGUCAUUGCAUUAAAAAGAAUAUGUCUUCAAAUUUCUCUUACGUAAGGAACUAAAUUUUGAUUUCCUCAUUCAACAAAGAGGAAAUAUUUGGCACAAAAUAUCACUUGGAGUGAAAUGAAUUGAAAGGAAAAUUU